AAUUGGUGAGAUCACAUGAUCACAAAAUGGCGGCCAUGACUUUGUUUUGAUUUUUUUACGUUUAGCCUGAAUUUUCAUUCUUGCACGUUAAAUGGCUAGUUACAGCCGCCUUGUCUAAUUAUUUAUUUUACGUGAUAAUGGCCGUUCAGAAUCCAGAUUACGAGUGGCAAGUUACCAAUUCUUCGUCAGAAAAUGAUCCACUUUUGCCAAAACAGGUGAAACUUGUUGAAGUUUUAGGUAGAGACAAACAACCAGUUCAACAAACAGCAGGUUCAUCAUGGUUCAGUUCAGCGUUUCUGGUGGUAAAUGCAGCUCUUGGUGCUGGAUUGCUCAAUUUUCCAGCUGCUUAUGAUCAAGCUGGAGGCGUGGUGGUCGCCGUAAGCAUACAAUCUAUAUUUCUUGUGUUCAUCGUGGCGGCCAUCAUGAUAUUGGCCUACUGUUCUGAUUUAAAACAAGCGUCAACAUAUCAAGAUGUAGUUUUAUCAGUUUGUGGAAAGAAGGCUCAGACUGGGGCGGCCAUUUGCCUUCUUUUGUAUUGUUUUGGGACGUGUAUAACCUUUCUGAUUAUUAUUGGUGACCAGUGGGAGGAAUUUUUUUUGUUUGUAAGUAAAGAAACUUAUUGUCAUGACACCCCAGUUUAUAUGGAUAGAAGUUUUAUCAUAGCCGUCACUUCACUCCUAUUUAUUUUACCACUCUGUUUUCCUAAAAGAAUUGAUUUUUUAAAAUAUGCCAGUUUUGUAGGCGUGGCUGGUAUUUUAUAUGUAAUGGUUAUGGUGGCUGUCAAGUAUUUUAUACAAGAUCCAAGUGAUAAACCAACUUAUGUUAAAACAAAACCAGAUUCUUGGAUGGAUAUAUUUCUAGUAGUACCAGAUAUAUGUUUUGCUUAUCAGUGCCACGUGAGCAUUAUUCCUAUUUAUUCCUGUAUGGAAAAAAGAAAUUUAAAAGAGUUUUCUAAAACUGUGUCUCUAGCGAUGGUGUUGUGUGUUUUAUGUUAUACUGUGACAGCUACUCUAGGAUAUUUACAGUUUGGACACGGAAUAGCUAGUGAUAUUCUCAUAUCCUUUGACCCCGAUGUCACAGUCAUUAUAGCCGUAGUAUUAAUAGCAGUAAAAACAUAUACAACAUAUCCGAUUUUAUUAUUUUGUGGGAGAGCUGCUUUUGAUUCUGUGUGGAAUAGCGCUUUAAAAUUAACACCAGAGAUUAUUGAACAACGAGAAAGAAAGAUGCGGAUUGUCGUAACGUUAAUAUGGUUUACGAUCACCGUGGCAUUAGCAAUAUUUAUACCAAAUAUAGGCGUAGUCAUUCAACUUCUUGGAGCCUUUGCUGCCUUAUUUAUAUUUUUAUUCCCAGGUAUGUGUUUGUUGAAAUCGAUGUUAGAUAAACAAGCUGCAGGUCCAGAAUUCCAACCCAACUCGAAACGAAUCAAGUUUUUGAUAUAUUUUUCGUUCGCGUUUAUAACAUUAGGGGCGUUUAUUACUGGUUUGACUUUAUGUCAAGCUAUACAGAAAGAUAUUCAUGGAACCAAAGCAGAUACUUCAAAAUAUACAUGUUGAAAUUAACAAUGUUCCCCAAGAACUGUUUCCCAGAAAUAUGCAUGUUCAAAUUAACAAGAGACCCUGAGAACUGUUUCCCAUAAAUAUACAUGUUCAAAUUAACAAUGGAACCCGAGAACUGUUUCCCAGAAAUAUACGUUUUAAUUAACAAUGGUUCCCGAGAACUGUUUCCCAGAAAUAUACAUGUUCAAAUUAACAAGAGACCCUGAGAACUGUUUCCCAUAAAUAUACAUGUUCAAAUUAACAAUGGAACCAGAGAACUGUUUCCCAUAAAUAUACAUGUUCAAAUUAACAAUGGACACUGAGAACUGUUUUGCAAAGAAUUGAGUUGCUAUUUAUUAUCAAGAGCUCUAAAGGACUAAAAAUUAACAGUAAGAGCUGUUUUCCAUGUUCAAAAAAAUAUACAUGUUUAAAUUAACAAUGGACCUUGAGAGCUGUUUUCCAAAAUUGUUUAUGAGACUUAAUUAUUUUGGUUUUAGCAAUGAUUUCCCCAAUAUAAAUAAUUUUGUUCAUUUUUAACAUUCUGUCGAGACGAGUAAAUAUGACCCAAUUGAGAAUACUAUAUGGGUGGGGUGGGGCAAUCAUUUGAACACCCUCCCUUUAUCCUCACAACAAAAUAUACAUAUAUGGAGGGAGUUUGUUCCACCAUUAAGAAAUUAUUGAACGGUGGCGUAUGCAUGAUAUUUGUUUAAUGAGGAGGGGGUUUCUAGGGAUAUUUGGUUAUAGGGGUGGGGCUGGGGGUGGUUCUAGGAAGUGUCAGUGGUGAUUUUUAAUGCAUACCUGUUUAUAAUGUUUAAUUUUAUCAGCUACCUCAUCCCAACAGACAAAAUGAUCAAUGUUACAUGUUUCAUAAAAACAGAAUGAUAAGUAACACAUGACACAAUUAUAUGGAAUACAAGUUGAAGAGUUUAUUUCAGCGACGAUUCGAUGAGGGUUCUCACGUCAUAAUCAAGCAAAGAAUGACAACCAUCGUGCAAUGAAGAUAUAUAUAUAUACAAAACCUGGAACAAAGACAAACAUCUAUAACCAGAGAUAAUCAUUUGGAAACGUCGCUGAAAUAACUUGUAUUACAUAUGAUUGUGUCAUGUGUUAUUCUCAUCCAGUUACUAAAUCCCACCUAAACAAAGAAUGAUAAGGGGAGAGGGGAAGCACCUGGUUCACAAGUUACAUAUAUUAAACUUUCUAUGGUUAUAUUUGGGGUCUGGUUGAUUGUGACUAAACGUUUUGUUCAUCAUGCCACAUUGUCUUUCUAAAAUGUAAAUCACAUUAUUUAUAUAGUAUUUUUGAUCAUGUAUGAAUUAUUAAAACGGCAAGACCCCUUUGAUUUGGGGCAAAAAUAAAAGUGUCAAUUUCA